AUGAACACUGCCGCCGCCUUAACUCGAGCCGAGAUACACGCCCUCAGCGACGCCGACCGUUCAUGUGAGGACGCGAACCGACAGCUGGGACAAGCCGGCGCACACAGAGAUGCCGCGGAUUCAGGCAUAUUCGAAGAAUCGCUGAGGCUGAAGAACACGCUAGACGCGUAUGAAACCCAAGCCAAGUCCAAGCCCUCAUGGGAAGCACUUGCUGUGCUAGUAAACUGCGAAUACAGGCUCUACGUCCUCAACCAGACCACGCCGCUGCGCAACAACCCCUUCUUGUCACACUGGGUCGAAGCUGUUCAGAGGCUAGGAACGCCAUCGGCACAGAACGAUGCAAAAGUACAUGACUCUAUAACCAGCGAUGAGGUCAACACAGUGCGCAUGGAGCUUAUCAAGGCGCUGGUGCAGUCGCGUAACCCUUCGCAAUUUGCGCGCGCAAGCCCACGCCAACUACACAACAACUAUGUUGAGUUGCGGCAGACGUCCCUCUUCAACAUGAGAACGUAUGUGCGCAUGCUCGAGGAAGAAGGCAUCUACGAGCGCACGCCCGAGCCCGACGGCGACUCCCCCAAGAGCACCGCCUCGUCGCCCGCGAAGCACUCUGCCGGAAAGCUGAACGAGUUUCAGCGCUGGAAGCUGGGCAUGCUUUCGAGGUUAGAAACCGAGCCUGAGCACGCAAUCCCAGAGCUCACACACCUCCCUAUAGAGCUAUCUUCCCUCGACUUCCUAACCACGCUGCUGCAAGAGAACACGCUGCAGGCGCUGAACAUCGAGCCGGCGCCCGUGAUCGCAGACUACAUACAGCACGCGCUGCGGACGAUGGAGCAGAUGGGUCGAGGCCCUGGCGAGACUGGCGCCGCGGAAGCGGAGGCGGAGGUCUUGUUGGAGAGUGGACGGGAGGCGCAGACAAGGGCCGUCAAGUUGUUGCUGCUUUUCAUGCGAAAUCUCAUUCGCAAGGCUCUGUUGCCGCUCGAAUCGAUUUACUUUGAGAUUCAGGAGAUUUGCGUUAGGUAUGUAUGGAUCAGAGAAGUGAGGGGACUUCAGAGCUUUUGUGGAAGGAGUUGGAGAGGAACGCGAUGA